CAUCAUUGGAUCGUUGUCGAAAAAAAAAUAUUUUGAAUUUUGAAGAUUUUUAACGAAAUUUGAAUUUAAAUUUUCUGGCUGAUUUAAUUCAAAUUCCAUCCAAAAGAGAUGAAAAUGUAUUCCAUAUUGGUGACAAUUUUAAUCACAACAAUUACUUUGAGUAAUGAAUGUCCAUUACAUGAUGCAAUUUCAAUGGCACGUUCAUCAACUGAAACAUCAACAACAAACAUUGAUCAAAUUCAUCUGAAUAAUCAAACUCUGUCACGUAUUUAUCAAAAUGUUUCCGAUUUAUUAAAAAAAAUCGAUGAUGGUCAUAGUGAUAGUUUAUUGAUUCAUUUAAAUCAAACAUCAACAAAUUCAUCAACAUUAGCAUUGAUUGUUAAGAAUGAAUCGGAAGAAAAAACAUCAUCAAAAGAUUCGAAUCAACAACAACAACGAUUUCGAAUGUAUUAUGUUCGAUUAUCCGAAGAUCCAGCUGCAACAAAUGGCUAUCGUUUAUAUUGGAAAAUUUUCCGUGAAACCUUUCGUAAUCAAAUAAAUUUUGUUAUGAAUCGAGUUGUUUGGUCACCAGUUCAAUCUAUUUCAAAAUAUUGGCGUCCAAAUUCACAACAACAAAAUGUGGAUCAGCAACAACAAUUUAAAUUACCAUUUACAUUACCAAUCAUUGUACAUGCUAUCGAUCUGCCUGAAUCAUUUGAACCAAAAAUUAUUGAAAUCGAAGAAUUUGAUGAAUCAACAUCAACUAAUUCUUCAUCGGCCAAUAUCACUGAUAAAGGUGAUACAAAUCAAUCAUCAGUCAGUGGUGGUAAUGGUGGCAGUCAAAUUAUACAACAAAUUGCCAAAAAAAUUUUCUUUCGUGCUAUAACAGCAUUUAAAGGUCAUCUUUGGGCACAAUUACCAUCACAAAUUAAUUCAUCACCAUCAUUACGUGAUAUAGGUAAUGGCAACGAUGGUAUCGGUGUAUUUAUUACCGAUAAAGGUGUUCGUAUUAAUUUGAUUGGUGAACAAAAACCUGAUGGUAAUAUUGAUUGGUUUGUGGAUUCAAAAAAAUCAUCAUCAUAGAAGAAUUCUGAUGAAAUUCUGACGAUAAUCAUUUAAACAUCGGAUGAACAAAAAUUUUUGGUCUUGUUAUUUGU